AUGAACCAACUCAAAAAUCGACCCAUGAAAGGGCACUUCGGCACCUCUACCGGGACUCAACGAUGUGAGGGCUUCGAUGAUGCUGUUUCGGCCGCCGAUGAACGUGGAGUGCAGGGACAACGAAUGGCCGUUUUGGAGAUGACGGAGGAUCUUCUGAACGUGCUUAUCAAAAACGGAGAGUACGUUCAAACAGUUCUGAUGCCGAGCUGGGGUGAGGAUGCCGACUUACUCCAGGAAUUGCAGUCAUGUGUUGCGAGCAUCGCAGAACUCCGUCCCAGGACAAUCAAUCCAACAAAAAUUGUCCAGCUACUCGGUAUCCCCCUGGGGUCCCCGGUGGAACAGACUGUACUCCCAGGAGGACUCACAGAAGAAGAGUACAAAAGUCUCCUCAGCAGCCGCCUGCUUAGUCUCGUACCCCGACUGCAUAUGAGAAGGAAGACAACUCUCGAACUGGCUACCAGCCUGGUGACAAGACUUUGUGAUGCCACGGCUCGGGGUUCCGCCCUCCUCGUCGGCUCUGAAUAUGCAGGCACAGCCACGGGCUGUAACAGUAAGUCAACCUGCUGCGUCUUAAGGAGCCGUCCCUUUAAACGGGCUUCAAAUGGCUUUUUCUUAACGUUUUUGCUUCAUUAUACUGUCGAGCAAGGUAACCUCCUCGGAGGGAUUCGAACCCACGUCAACGAGGAAAAGCUGUGUGUACAGCCAACGCUCCGACAACUGAACUUCGAGGCUCAUAGGGAGUCGUGA